UACAAAAUCGAGGCGACAAAAAUUUCGCAGGCUUUUAUUUCGUCUAGGGAAUAUAUAAAGAAACCCUAAGAACGUAAGGAGGAGGAGGAGUUGUGUGUGUGAUUAGUUAAAAAGGUUUGACAGGAUGGUGGCGACGGAAGAACACGCUACAGCUAAGAUAGCGGUGUGGUGGGACAUGAAGGCCUGUCCGAUUCCGAAAGGUUAUGAUGCUGGUCGGGUCCGACCGAGCUUAGAAGCGGAGUUCGAGGAAGUAGGCUACACUGGUCCAGUCUCCAUCACUGCCUAUGGCGACCAAACGCAAACCCCUGGUCACAUCCUGCAAGGGCUCAUUUACUCUGGAGUCUCUGUAGCACAUACCAGAUCCGAAAGCACAAACUACCUCAUGUAUCGGGAUAUUGUGGAAUGGCGAGGUCAAAAUCCUCCUCCGGCUACAAUGAUGAUCAUAUCAGAUGAGGUGCAAGGUGUCUUCGAUUGGGAUCUGCUCAGGCUACAACAACGGACGCCAUACAACCUUUUUCUGGCUUAUUCAGAUAAGCCUGAAGUAGCUAUCGUCCUCUCCACUAGUGAAGAGUGGUGCUGGGGAAGUAUACUAUAUACUGAAGGAAGUAUACUAUAUACUGAAGAAUGCGAACCAGUUGUUGUUCAGGGUGCCAAGUUGUACUGCAAAUCGUGCAAUUUCGAUUGCCAAAGCGUGAAGAAAUUCAAGAAGCAUCUCUCGAGUUAUGAGCACGUACGAGAAGAGGUUGUUAACCCUACGUACGACAAGGUCGUAUGUGUAACGGAGAGAUGGGCAAGGAACUACAAGGCUACCCCUGAAUUUGCGACAGCUAAAAUACAGGUGUGGUGGGACAUGAUGUCUUGUCCGAUUCCCGAAGGUUAUGAUGCUCGUCAGGUCCGUCCCAGUCUAGAAGCGGCAUUCAAGGAACUAGGCUACUCUGGUCCUGUCUCUAUCACUGCCUAUAACGACCAUAAUCAUACUCCCCUGCAAGCUCUCUCUUCCACUGGUGUCGAUGUUUUUCAUGUCGUUCCCGGUUUCACAUACAUGUAUUCAGACGUGAAUAAUUGGCAUUAUGAUAAUCCUCCUCAGUCUGCUGCUAUUAUGAUGGUCAUAUCGGAUUUUGUGGAAUCGAUUUCACAUGGUCUUGUCUGCUUACUACAGGAGAAUAAUUACAACCUUUUUCUGGCUUAUUCAUCCCGGCCUUCCAAAAUGUCAUUCCUUCUCACUUCUGCAGAAUGGCUCUGGGAAAGCUUACUACUUGCAGGUUCACAGAAAAGACUACUUCUUCACAAGUGCAGCAGUGAGAGUGAAAGCAGCGAACCCACCGCAACAACAUUGUAUUGCAAACUGUGCCACUUUGAUACCAAAAGCAUUGAUAUUUUCAGGACGCAUCUCUCAACUGAUGAAGAACAUGCAAAAGAAGAGACAAGACUUCUUGCGUCUCGUAGCUCUAGUGUUGACGAGAGGCGUUAUCGAGUAGCCGAGUACGAUAGACAACAUUUGCCAGAGGUGAAAAAUUAUCGAAAAACCAAACGUAUGAAGAAGACCUAGAGCGGUGAAUUUGUCACUACGUUUUCAGCUGCAGCUCUUGCUUUUCAUUUCUGGUCUAUGUUUUAAUUUAAUAUACUUGUUUUUCAUUUUGCUUUACUUGUUUAAUACCAUGGUUUUAUCUAUUUAAGAAAAACAACAAGUUAAUCUUA